AUGGGUGAAAACAAGGAUAAGAAGCUGGAUUUAUCUUCAUUGAGGAAUAAGAUUUCUUCGAAAUUACAAGAUAAUAACAAUAAGAAGGCGAAGAAGGCCCAAAAAAACAAGAACGCAAAGGAAAGCAUGGUCGAAAAGAAAGUGGACGAAGAUUUGCGCCGUGAAGCGUUGGCUUUGGGUGCUAAUGAAGAGGAUCUAAAGUUGAUUCAAGGAUUAAGUGAUGAUGACGAGGACAGUAAAAGCGAGCAGGAAUUCGAUGCUGCUGCGGACGAGGGUGCAAACGAUAAAGUGUUUAAAAAUGAUCUCCAAGACUUCAUGAAGAAUAUAGGUUUUGACAAACACAAGCUCGAAGACGCGAAUGAUGACGACGUAGAAGGAAAUACCUCUAGCUCCAAGGAAUUUGAAAAGCCUGUACAGGAAAAGAAAAAAGAACAGAAACCUGUUGCCGCAGCCGAACAAGAGGUAAAAGAAGAAGAGGAAGAAGAAGAAGAAGAAGAAGAAGAAGAAAAAAUAGCUAACCUUAGUUCAGACCAAAAGUCAGAAUCAAAAUCAGCAGAAAAAGAAAAGAAAGAAAAGAAAGAUAGCGGUUUAAUUACACAAACAACUAUCAUUUCAUCUGAUAAGCUAACCAUCCCUUAUGACAAACCAUGGUAUGAAAUUCCAUUGGAUUCUAAAGUAGAACAAAGUGAGGACGUUGCGGAAUUAUCCAAGGAUCAAAUUGAAAAGCUUUUUGAAAGAGGUAAACAAACUUUGGAAGCCGAUAAUCAAACCUACUAUGAAGAAUUCACAAAAGAUUCAUCACAGGCAAAGUUUAUGUCCCAAAUUUUAUCAGAUGGUACACUUAACGAUAAAAUAUCGGCUGUGACAUUACUUAUUCAAGAUUCGCCAUUACACAACAUGAAAUCUUUAGAAACUUUGGCUUCCUAUUGUGGUAAAAAAUCCAGAAACUCGGCUCUUCAAAGUUUAAACUCUUUGAAAGAUUUAUUCUUAAGUGGUCUUUUACCAAACAGAAAGCUGAGAUACUUUAAGAACCAACCCGGUUUGUCAAUGAUGCUAAACAAAACAACUUUGGCCAUCUUCUACUUUGAAGACUAUUUGAAAAAAUUGUUCUUCCGUAUUUUAGAGGUUUUGGAAGUGCUAUCUCAUGAUCCUAUCAUCCACGUCAGAUUACAAGUAUUAAACCAUGUUUUUGAUCUAUUAACCAAUCAACCAGAGCAGGAAUUCAACUUGCUAAGAUUAGGUGUGAAUAAAAUUGGUGACAUUGAUUCCAAAGUUUCUUCAAAGGCUUCAUAUUUAUUAUUAAAGUUGGAACAGGCUCAUCCAAAUAUGAAAUCCAUUGUUAUUGAUGCUAUUGUUGAUAUCUCAUUAAGACCAACUGCUGACUAUCACACCACCUACUAUUCUGUCAUUACUUUAAAUCAAACAAUCCUGAAAAGAUCAGAGGACUCUGUAGCUAACAAGUUGGUGAAAACAUAUUUCACGCUCUUUGAGAAAUUUCUAAUCAACACUGAUAAAGAUCACACCGAUGGCACUGCAAAGAGCAAAUCAAAGACAUACGAGGAAAAGAGGAAGAAGAAUUUUAAAAAGGGUAAACAUGGCGGUAAGUCUGUAAAAGUUGAAAAAACAGAAAGUGAAGUCCUCGAUGAAAAGAACUCAAAACUGUUCAGUGCUUUAUUGACAGGUAUCAACCGUGCGUUCCCUUUUGCUCAAAUCCCAGCAUCGGUGUAUGAAGUUCAUAUGGAAACUCUUUUCAAAAUCACACACUCUUCUAAUUUCAACACCUCUAUCCAAGCAUUGGUAUUAAUCAAUCAGGUCACCGUGAAGGCUGCAUUGAAUAGUGAUAGAUAUUAUAGAACAUUAUAUGAAAGUUUGUUUGACCCUAGGUUAGUGAAUUCUUCCAAGCAAGGUAUUUAUUUGAAUUUACUUUUCAAAUCAUUAAAGCAAGACGCAUCAAAUGUGGAACGUGUAGAAGCAUUUGUGAAGAGAAUCCUGCAGGUGUGUUCUCAUUGGCUGAACGUUGGAACUAUUGCCGGUUUCUUUUUCUUAUUGAUCCAAUUAGCUAAAACAGUUCCACAAAUUAAAAAUCUUCUGACUAAUACACCAGUUGAUCAUGAAUAUGAAUCCGAUGCUGAAGAGGAACAAGCAAGUAAAGAUGAUAGAAGAAAGCAAUACGAUGGCCGUAAGCGUGAUCCAAAAUUUGCCAACGCAGACAAAUCUUCUUUAUGGGAAAUCAAUCAAUUCACCAACCAUUUCCAUCCAACUGUACAAACAUAUGCUAGCGCCUAUGUCACAGGAACUGCAGAGCAGAUAAGCAAACCGGAUUUAGGUUUAUUUACAUUAUCGCAUUUCUUAGACAGAUUUGUCUACAGAAGUGCCAAACAAACCAACGCCACAAGGGGUGCAUCUAUUAUGCAACCUUUGUUUAGUGGUUCACAGGUCAGCAACUCUGUUUUAGUCAAGGCGUCUGAUGUGACGCUUGACCAGAACCCUGUAAACACUGAAAACUGGUUAACUAAAAAGGUAGAGGAUAUAAAGCCUGAAGAUAAAUUCUUUUACCAAUAUUUCACAACCAAGAAGACCGCUGACAGAAAGGGGAAAAAAUCUGAUAAAGAAUCUAACUUCGAUAGUGACGAUGAAAUGAAUGAAGAUGAAAUCUGGAGUGCUUUGGUUAAAUCGAGACCUGAUGUAGAAGACGAUAGUGAUGACAGUGAAGUCGACUUUGGCGAAGAGGAUUUCGGCGAAUCAAGUAGUGAAGAAGAAGGUGAACUAAACGCAAUCGAAGAGGAGGAUGGUGAAGGCGAGCAGGAAAGCGGCGACGAAGACGCCUUCGAUGAAGAUAUAUUCUACAGUUUCGAUGGUGAACAGAAUGCUGGAGACAAGAAACGUACCUUUGCUGAAAGUGAAGAGGAUGAUGAAAAAGAAGAAGAAGAAGAGGAAGAAGAAGAAGAAGAAGAAGAAGAUAAGGAAGCUGCUGCGAAAAGAGCUAAGAAGAAGCAAAGAAAGAGUAUGCUCAAAAGCCUACCGGUAUUUGCAUCUGCGGACGACUAUGCUCAGUAUUUAGAUCAAGACUCAGAUUAG